AAUAUGGCGCAUAGAAACAAUUCUGAAAUCGAAUCAAAGUGUGGAAUUUGCUUGUCUACGUACACAGAACCAAGACUUUUGGACUGUUACCAUACAUUUUGCACACCAUGUCUCGAAAAACUGGAUGUCCAUGAUAAUUAUCUGACUUGUCCGUUAUGUAGAACACACAUUUCUCUACCAGAAAAAGGGGUAAGCGGUUUAAAAUCUUAUCCUUUCAAAUUUGAACAAUCUCCCAGGGCCACUAACUCCACAGACAUUUGCGAAUUUUGUUCUAAAGAAAAUACUGCAGUUGCUAAAUGUCUUGACUGUAAGAUAAACUUAUGUCUGAACUGUCGCGACUACCAUAGAAUAAUAAAAACAUCACAAAACCACUAUCUUGAGAACUUGAAAGUAAAUCAGUUGGACACAUCCAACUUGAAGUCAAUAAACGAAUGUGAGGAACAUAGAAAAGAGUUUACUGUAUUUUGUAAGCCGUGUAAUGUCUUGUUAUGCAGUGACUGUGUUGAAAAAUCCCAUCGUAUGCACGAUUAUCAGAACCUAACACUAUUAAUUCAAACUAGGAAGAAAACUUUACUGACAAGAACAGCAAGCUUGAAAUCAAGAAUAUCAAUUCUCAAAAACACUGAAGAAUUGGUUCAACAAGAGGAAAACGUUUAUCACAAACAGUGUAGCAUAGCGAAGAAAGAUAUAAUAGCACACGCGACAAGUGUUAAAGAUGUAUUUUGUAAUACCAUCGAUAUACUGGCAAACAAAAGUCUGGCUACAAUCGACAACAUUAGAAAAAAAGAUAUUAAAGUAAUUGAUACUUACUUGAAUGAGAUAGAAACCGAACAAUUGUCACUCGCUGGUCUUAUCAGGACAACGGAGGAUUUCAUUAACAGAUCUGCAGAUCAGCAGUUUAUGGAUGAUUUUUUCACCAUUGGUAUCCAUCUUGACAAAGUUCUGACCAAUACGGGAAAGACUUUAUCUUCUUUAAAUAACUUGAAAUUCAAAAGUGGUGAAUUCAAUGAAGCGAUAAUUGAACAAUUAUUUGGAGAACUUGAUAAUAGUACAAGAGAAAAUGUUAUUACUCCUUUAUACCAAAAAUUGCCAAUGCCUGCAAUAUUCCCUAAACAUGCUAAACCAAAAGUAGAACAUACGUUUACACUUUCAGACAAUAUUAUAGAUAUCGUUGCAGCCAAAAACGACAAUACGUGGAUAUUCACGAAGAAUUUAGUCAGUCUGUAUAAUCGCAGCGGGGUUGUGAGUUCUACGUUUACACCACCAGUCAAUAGCAAACGAAUGUUGAGAAAGUCUGCAGAAGAAUUAUGGUUCUGGACUGGACAGUCUGCAGCGAAGAAAGUAUAUACACAAUUUCAGGAUGGGUACAAAGUCCCAUUUGAAGGUGGAUUGGUUGGCUGUUUUAUUCAAAGCGGAAAUUUACUUGUAUAUAAUAAGAACGAAAAAGUGUUUUAUGAGGUAACAGAACAAGAAGGUGUUCGAAAUAAAAUAAAAAUUGAAGAUCCCACAAAGAAACUGCCGAACAAUGACGUUUUUUCCGGCGAAAAUAUUUUGAUGGCGGAAACUUCAAAUUCAAAUCUUGUCUUUGUAUCACACAACAAAAUUAUUGCUAUCGCUGACAAAAAUGGGAAAAUUAGCGAGACAUUUGAACGAGUAGAUGCACAAUUCAAAGGUAUCACUGUGGAUAAUUACGGACAAAUUCUUGUAGCAGACUUUCAGGAGGAUUUUAUCGAUAUUUUAUCUAAGGACGGAAUUUAUCAGCGAAACAUACUGAAUAAUAAAAAUGGUGAUAAAGUCAUAUAUGGUACAAAUCAUAUUACUUUAGAUGAAUUUGGCUUUUUAUGGGUGUUCGAUUUGGAAGAUUGGACAAGGAAAGUGGGCACCAAUGUUAUACUUCCAAGACCUCCAGGUAUGGGAUAUUCAGUUCCCUGCUUUGAAGAUCCAUUAUUGCUUGCCUUUGGUUGUUUUCUGAUGUUUGGUCAGUCUGUUGUUUAUUUGACACGUUUCCCGUAUCCAUUUUCAAUUCUCUUUCAGACAAAUACAAGGAAAACAUUAAUCAGUGAAAGUAUAUUCCACAAUAAUAAGCUGGCAGAUGCUCAAUAA